CCAACAUUCAUUACUCGUAGGUUUCUUAAUUGAUUGAAAGCAAAUCAAGAAACAAAAUGUCAGAAACUAUCAACAAGGUUAAGGAGACUCUCCACAUGGGAGGGCAGAAGGAGGGCGAGCAGAAAGGGGUGUAUCAUGGAGAAGCUCACAAGGUGGAGCAGCACCACGGCGUAUGCAAGCCUGAACACGGGGAGCACAAAGUGGGAGGGGUGCAGAAGAUCAAGGACAGGGUCCAGGGCCAAGGAGAUCAACAUGGACAUGGCGUGGAGCAGCACCGCGGCGAAUACAGGCCUGAAUACGGGGAGCACAAAGAGGGAAUGGUGGAGCAGAUCAAGGACAAGGUCCAUGGCCAAGGUGAUCAACAUGGACAUGGCGUGAAGCAGCACCGCGGCGAAUACAAGCCUCAAUACGGGGAGCACAAAAAAGGAAUGGUGGAGAAGAUCAAGGACAAGGUCUGUGGCCAAGGUGAUCAACAUGGACAUGGCUUUGAGAAGAAGUAGCACGGGGAUGGCCAUAGCAGCUGCCGUGACAGCCUUUAAACAUCCCAAUAUAGGUGAAUGGGGUUAGCGAGAGGUUAUUUAUGUUUUUGGUGUAAUAUCCAUGGUGAAUGGAGAUCCCAAUUAUUAUGUAAUAAAAUCCCUCUCUAUUCUGUACAAUACUUUCAAUACCAUAUGCUACUUUUUUAGAAUAAAUGGAAAACAGAAAUUG